AUGAGAGCUCUGCCCUUUACCGAUGACAUCAAUGGGGAAAUGGUUCCCCCUAAUUUUAAGCUCCCAGUAUUACAUCCCUACGAUGGCCAAGGUGAUCCCAAGGAUCGCCUCCGCGUCUUCAUCUCGGCAUUCCGUCUCUACUGCGUCCCCGACGCCGUGAUUUGUCGAGCUUUCUCCAUUUUUCUACAAGGGACAGCCCGAAAAUGGUUCUGGGGUUUAGAACCGAGGAGCAUUUCCUCACUGGACGAGUUGGCAUACAGGUUCAUUCACCGUUUUGUAUCGUCUCGCCCAGUGACAAAAACUUCAGCCUACCUCUUGAACCUACAGCAGGCUCCCGGCGAGUUACUGCGCUCAUAUGUGCAGAGGUUCAAUGAGAAAAAUAUGCAGAUACCUGAUCAAAAUGAGCAGGUAACCAUAGCUGCCUUCACCAACGGGUUGAUCGCAGGGAUCUUCCAUACAGAGAUACAUCGGAAUUACCCCCGCUCACUUCGGGAACUCUGGGAACGGGUAGACCAAGGAAUCCGAAGUAAGGAUCUAAAGCGCAUGAAGCGGGAAGUCCAAACAGCCCGUACCGGGCAAGAGCCCCGGAGGAAAAAAGAAGUCGGCCGAAUUGAACAAGGCCCCAAUGGCUCGUCUAAUCAAUUUCGCGAUCGUCGGAGUGUCUUUGACCGGAUCGUGAAGGGGAGGUCGUCCACCUCGGACGCUGAGCUGACUCCCCUUAAUUCCAGUCGGUCUCACAUUCUGGCUGUAAUUAGGCAGAACCACCUCGGCCGAACCCCUCCUGAAAUUCUAGGAAUGAGGGAGAAGAGAAACUCCAGCCUCUAUUGUGCCUACCACCGAGAUGUUGGGCACGAGACCGAGAACUGCAACGAUCUGAAAAGGGAGAUCGAGAACCUGAUCAAACAGAGAUACUUGAAGCAAUUCGUCCGUAAGGAUGGAAACUUCAACCGAACCGCCUCCACCGAGAAAAUCGAGGCCCUCAUCGAGAGGACAGGCGGGACACAAAGAGUCACUGCCGUGGGCCCGAGUACCAUAGGACAGGCGGGACACAAAGAGUCACGCUGGUGA